AUGCCUUCCACCAAAACUAUCCUCGCCGGCCUCCUCGCCUCCACCGGCGUCUUGGCCAAGAACGAAACGUCCGUCCCCAAUACGGUCCCUUCGUUAUGGGACGGCGAGUGCUUCUACCCAACCCCAGACAUUGGCUUUGACACCGAGUCGUACCUGGGCCGUUGGUACCAGGUCGCGGGGACCGUUGCGCCGUUUACGGCAAACUGCAAGUGCAUCUAUGCGCAGUAUGCGUUGAAUGACAACGGCACGAUCCAAGUAAACAACACCUGCGAGGCCGCGGGCCGCGCCGUCAACAUCCUCGGCAACGCGGCUCCCGCAGACCCCAGCUACGGUGCCAAGGGUGCGCUCCGAGUGCAGUUCCCGGGACAGCCGGGACCCGCCUGCUCCGGGCCCAACUAUGUCGUUCAGGACUACACUGGCGAUUUUGCCCUCGUCCAGACGUACAACUUUAGCACCCUCUUUGUUCUCAGCCGCAGCCAGCACCCGGAGGAGGCCGUCCUUGAUGCCUGGAUCAAGCGCGCUGGAGACCUUGGCUCGGACCUCUCCGACGUCAUCAAGAACGACCAGACAAACUGCUCCUUCACCUGA